GCCAGAAAGAACUCGUUGUGAGUGAGGAAGUUGGUGAUACGUGUGAAUGAUAACAAAUGUCAAAUCUUAUAGAAACGUGUUUUUUUCCCUCUCUCUCUUACUGACUUCUAGUAGGUGAUUUAAUUUUUCCCUAGAUUUUAUAUGAAGUGAGUAACCACUGCACCGCUUCUCAUAUUCUGUAGUUUCCAAUUCAGCGAAGGUCCUUUUUAUCAAACAAUCAUGUUAUCACGAGUUACGAAUGAAUGUCGCGCUCCACUUUUGGUCAGUGGCUCUAAAUUAGAGAGUUUGCGUAGCAAAUCGUCUCUUCCAGAGAAGCUACGAGAAAAAAUAGCUAAUGGUCCAGACUUAGGACAUUUCAUCAAAGGGUCAGUCGAAGACAAGGAGCCACAAGAUUGGUCACAAUAUGAUGGGAAGCUGCGCAGAGAGAAAGGAGAGACUGAACGACUGCGACUUCCACCUUGGUUCAAAACUAAAGUGCCGAGUGGUCAGAAUUUUACUCGAAUCAGGGAUGAGCUAAGAAAUUUGAAUCUGCACACAGUUUGUGAGGAGGCACGCUGUCCCAACAUUGGAGAAUGCUGGGGUGGUGGUAGUCAUGGCACAGCCACCGCCACAAUCAUGUUGCUAGGUGACACAUGUACAAGAGGUUGCAGAUUUUGUAGUGUGAAAACGGCGCGAGCUCCACCUCCACCGGACCCCAACGAGCCAGUCAAUACAGCCACUGCUAUCGUAAAAUGGGGGCUGGACUAUGUUGUCCUCACAUCAGUUGAUAGAGAUGAUUUGCCGGAUGGAGGCUCCAAACAUUUUGCAGAGACUGUGAAAGAAAUCAAGAGACAGAAAAGUAGUAUUCUAGUUGAGUGUCUGGUACCUGAUUUUCGUGGUGAUGCAGAUUGCGUGAAGACAAUUGCCGAGUCAGGACUGGAUGUUUUCGCUCACAAUGUUGAGACGGUGGAAUCUCUCACACCAUUUGUUCGAGAUCGCAGAGCUAACUAUAGGCAAACGAUGGAUGUUCUAAAGCUAGCUAAAGAGCUGAACCCGGAUCUAGUCACCAAAUCAUCAAUUAUGCUCGGUCUUGGAGAGACAGAUGAACAAGUUAGGCAAACAAUGGAAGAUCUGCGGACUGCAGGAGUGGACUGUGUAACCUUAGGCCAAUACUUGCAGCCAACCCAAAGGCAUUUGAAGGUUAACGAGUACGUAAGACCUGAAAGAUUCAAGCACUGGGAAGAGGUUGGCAAUGAAAUGGGUUUCCUCUACACCGCUAGCGGACCCCUUGUUCGCAGCUCUUACAAAGCUGGUGAAUUCUUCAUCUCAAGUAUCAUUAAAAUGCGGAAAGCCUCAUCUGCUUGAGGCCCCAGAUUUGGUUAGCACAAAUUUUUGUUUUUUCUAAUCGGAAUAUCCAGAGCAUACUCUGCUUGCAGUAGCUAAAUAUGGCAGUGCAAAAUAUAAUUCUCAUUUUUCUGUUCUGUGAGACUGACCAUGUUUAGUGAAUGUAUUCUUUGAUUUUAUCAUCCUCAGGAGUGCCAAGUUUGUACACUUACAGUCACAAAAGAGAUUUUUGAAUUUGUCAUAAAUGAAAACGCUAGAUGGCCGCAAGAACUUUUACAGUCAAGUAAAUUUGGAAACAAUUGAACUUUUUAAGAUGAGUCAGGAAAUGUUCAAAAGUACAGAUUUUUCAUGCUAAUCUCAGAAGUUUUUUUCUCUAAUUACUUUUGAAGACAUUUGCCCCAAAAAAUUUACUGCAAAAAUGUUCUAGAAAAUUUAUUAUUUUUGAAGAGCAAGCUCUCAAUUUUUGUCACAUGCGAGGAAAAUACCCAAAAGCAUGGAUGAAAAGCUAAAUUUUUUCAGAGGCUGAUGUGGAUAAAACUUGAGGGCUGCAGGUAAUACAAUGCACUGAUUUGAUACGAAAGAGGUUUUUUUUUUUUUUUUUGGCGCUACAAAGAAAAAUUUGCUCUUGGUUGUACUAAAAUCAAAGAAGAUGUUCUGUAAAGUUUUUAAUCAUAUCAAGUUUCUGUUUAUGAAUGAUAAGUUACUGUUAUGAAGUAGGUGUUAGCUCUAGGUGUAGCUAUACAUUUGCGGCUUGAAUAUUGAAUUUGACAAAAUGACAAUUUGAAUUUUAAUGUUGGUUAACACAGUCUGUACAUUUUAGCUGACAAAAAAACUAACCAAAUCACAUAGCUUCACCUCUCUUGGAAAGAAUGUAAGAAAAGAGAGGUAAAAUCUAAUUUCUAUCGAAGGUAUCAUUUUGAGGAGGUGAAAAAAUGAAGUAAAAUUAUGAUUUUAUCAUAAUUACUUAUAUUUGUUAUCUCACUGAAGUACAAAAUAUUUUAACACAGUUUACAAUCGAGCAAAUAUUCUACAGAUAUUCGUCUUCUUUGGGGCAGACAGAAAAAGUCUAGGCUUACAGGGUAAGCUAUUCUUAAAUAUUAAAAUCAGACCCAUUUUGUGAAAGACUCAAUUAAAUUUGGACUACAUUUUGCAAGAAGAAGUACCAACUUCUGAAUUUUCCACAAAAACACCUAUCUGCAUAGGGAAACCAAUGGCACAUAAGUUGUUUCUAAAAUAAACCAGAAAUAGUUCCCUAUCGCAAAAUUUAGUCCAUUUGUUCGAAGAGCUUUUGAUUGGUGUGCCAGCAGCGAAGUUCUAGAAGGAACUCCUCGAAACUCUUAAAGUUGUUUCUAAAAUAAAAUAAUUGAAAAGUUACACUUUCGCAAAUAGAUUUGGUUCAUUCUUUAGACCCAACAGAGAGGGUUUCGAUCCUUGAAAAAAAUACAGAUGGACAACCCCAAGGUUCGAUGAUUGACGAAGACCGUUUGCAUUAGUUCACUUUAGAGCUCCCUUCCAUAAAUGAAUCCAAAAUUUUGGAUGUGGCCAUCAUUGUUGCCAGCGUGAAUAAUCAAAGGAUAUAUGUAGCAGCACCAAAGCUAGCAGGAAUUGUAUUGUUGUAACUGAGGUUAGCAGUAUGUAAAGGACUGAACCUACUCUGUUAAUAAACACUCCCCUGAUGAGUCUAAAGGGCCAGCCAUUGAUUAUUUGCUGUUCAGAGAGGUGGGUGUGUGUUUCCAAUCAUUAUGAAGCGUAACAGUGGGUGGGGUCAAAAACUAAAUCUAACGUCACAAACUUUGUGGGUGGCCCCCGAUCGGCCUGAAGUUAAGAAAGUUUCGGCUCAAGUCCAGGUGACAAUAUGUGUAUUUCCUGCCUAUGUUGUGUAUCAAAUUCUCAAGAAAGGCUCUGAUAUCCGACGUUUCAUUGGAUAUAAUCAAUGUAAAUUGGGUGCAUAUAUCUGCAGUGGGAAUUCUAUGCAGAUAGGCUCCUAUUGCAUAAAUUUGCUAAUUCACGUGUGAUAAUUAUUUUCUGAUAUUAGGACACAUUAAGAUGUAAUUAACAAAAAUGAAGUUGCCCUUGAUUAUUGUUGAAGAUUGUUCAAUUCAUUUGUUACCGUUAGAUUUUAAAAAUAAAAAUUGUUGACAAAA